AUGGCCAGGCAUCGUCAUGCCUUGCUCACGCCGCUCACCGCCGUCAUUCUUUUACACCACGCACGUCAACCUGCAUCCGCCGAGACGACCCUCUCCGUCCCGGCGCGCCUCCGCGACGACGUCGCCGCCUUCCUGCCCGCAUGCGCCGUGCCCUGCCUCGCCUCAUUCAUCGCCGCCAACUACGCGCGCGGCGACGACACCGACCAGUAUCUGACACUCGACUUUGUCUGCGCUCACCGCGGUCGCUCGGGAUACACCGUUGCCGAGGGCGCCCUGCAAUGCCUGACCGCUGAGAGGAGCGUCGGCUUCUGCGACGACGAGGUCAAAGAUGUCAAAGUCAAUCAGAUUUGCAGCGGCAGGAAAGAUGUGGCCAAGAAUAAAGGCGGCGCCAUGACGGCGACGUUGCGUUAUGCUUCGCAGAGCGGCAUCUUGACCUUUGCGCCUGUUACCACGUCGCUAUCGGCGGUGCCCAUUCCCACGCCGACGGAGACUUCUACGACGUCUACGAGCAGCUCUACGUCGUCUUUUACGGAAACUACAUUAAUGACGGCGACGUCGACGAGAAGCUCUUCCACCAUCACCACGCCACUUUCUUCACAGACCACCACAUCCUCACCCACCUCAACGCCUGAGGUGCCCGCCGCCGAUACGUCUUCGUCGCCGCCUUUCUCAAAAGGUCAAAUCGCCGGCAUCUCCAUUGGCGCAAUUUGUCUCGCCGCCGGCGUCGCCUUUGGCCUGAUCCUUCUCGUGCGGUUCCUGCUCCGCCGCCGCCGCCGCCGCCGCCACAGCAGCUCCACUAUUGGCAGCUUCAUCGGCGGAGGACCCCCCGGCGGCGGCGGCGGUGGAGGUGCUGGCUACAUGACGGCGCGCGAUACCUGGGGCUACGGCUUCGACAAGACGUCAAACUCCAACGGCACUAGCAGCGCCUCAUGGGCCACUCGAGAGGCACCUGGCAUGUCGCGCUACCCAGCCAUGACUGCUGCGGCAACGGCGCCGGCUAGCAACAGCAGCAACAGCAGCAGCCAUACAAAGCAGCAACAACGACAACAACAGUAUAAUAACCGCCAUCAGCCGUAUAACCGGGAAAGCUGGCGCCCGAGUGCCAUCGGUCUCGCCAUCUCCCCGUCCAAGCUGUUCGCGAGCAAGAGGACGCCGACGCCCACGAGCACGCCGACCCGGCCGCGGCCGCUCUCGAAGCUGCUGCCCGCAAAGCCCGAUAUGACGCCCGCAAACGCAAUCAGAAUUGGCUUUUCGCCGCCGCCGCCGCCGCCGCCUCCCGCCGCGACGUAUCAAGAAACUCGCGGCGCCCAAUUACCCCAGCAGCAGUCGUUCCUUCAUCCCAUAGCCGCCCAGUUCAUGCGUCCUUCCGCCGCCAGCGCCGCCGCCGCCGCCAGGCCUACGUCUCUGCGCCUCGUCAUCCCGGACUCCCAGCCACUACCACCACCACCACCACCUCCCGUUCCCGAAAAGGACCUCCAUCUCCAGCGCCAACCCAUCCUCGGCCGCGAAUCGACACUCACGGAAUUCGAAGAGGACGAACUGCACCGCUCUGUGUCCACGGCUGUCGGCCAGAUCUGGCGUCCGCCCUCUCUGCUGCCCGACUCUGCCGUUGCCGCUCCCUACUACGUCGCAGACGGCUCCGGUAACUGGGUCCUCAGCGACGCGCGCAAGAGCAUGACCGCUGGCGCCGGUGCCGGCGCCGGCGGCAAGGAAACGAUGCGGCCGCGGAGUCCAGAGCCAGAGAGCGCCGUCUCGGCGCCGCGCAUCGCCACGGCGCGCUCCGGCAUCGUGACGACUGCCGUGCAGACGCACAUUACGGCGCCGCGCCGGUCACCAGCCAUGCUAACCCCCAGAGACGAGACAGCCCGCGCUACAAUGGACAAGUACACGCAGCAGCAACAGCACGGCGACAACGAGCCGCAGGAACUCGAAGCGACGCCAUCGCUGUCGCUGAGCCGACACAAGCAGAGGAGCGCGAAACAAGAGACGACCCAGCUGGGAGAGCUGGGAGAUGCUACGCCAGCACCUCUUCAGACACCGCGUCUUCGCUCCAUCGUGCACACGCCAAAGACGGUGCCCUCGCCGCUCUUCUCGCGGCAGCCCAAUCCGCGAUCCUCCUCACAGCCGCUUCCCAGCACGCCCGCGUUUGCGUCCACGUCUGCGUCCACGUCCGACGGGCGCUUGCUCACGCCGCGUCCAGCCCCGUCACGCGUUAUGUCGGACGACAGCGGCAUCACCACUUUCAGCGUCUCGUCUGCCACGUCAGAUGACAUGCCGCCUCCGCUGCCGGCUCCUAGUAACAGGAACCUCUCCCCUGUUGCCGAGUCGCCCCGCAGCCGCGCCGCUAACCGCGUCGCCGCCCAAGAAUCUAACACCAGCAACGCCGCCGUCGUCCACGAACUUCCCGCCACCGUCGCCGCCUCGGACCACAGCAGGAAUAGUAGCAACGGCGGCGGCGGCGGCGCUAGUUCCGUCUCGUACCCGCCGCGUAUGAACGGCCGAGGCACGCCCGUGCCCCGUGACCAUGCUGUAUUGACAGGCAGCCCGCUGUCGCCGCCACCGCCGCCGCGGAUGGCGUUCCCGAGCUGCCAGCCAAGCGCGAGCCAGUCCAGCCCGACGCUCGGCUCCGUGACAACAUCACACCAGGGCCACGCCACCGCGGCGUCGUUUCCGCGACAACCGCUGCCGUCUUCCCCGUACCAUGGUCCACCGGAAGCGGCUCGCGGCGGCAUGGCGCGAGGUCGAGGACGUGGCGGCCCCAUGAUGACGAUGAUGCGCCCGCCGCCGUCGGACAUGCCACGCGACCCUACUCUCCUUGCCCCUCCGCAGAUAGCCCAGCAUCCGCGCACCGGUUCGCCCACGAUGCGCAUCGUCGAGCCCUCGCCUGAGCCAGACCCUGCGCAACCCACCACCACCACCGCACCACCCCGCGACGACCGUUUCCUACUCCCCUCCGCCGCCAUCACCACCCGUCCUCCUCGACGUCGCCCACCCAGCCACCUCCCGCAUCCAUUUCCCAUGUAUCCUCUUCGCCGUAAACCUCCGGCUCCGCAGCAGCAGCAGCCAGACUCCGCGUCGCCGCCCUGCGCCGCUCCGUAUCCUACUUCUUCUCCUUCUUCUUCGCCCCGCCACCGCGGCGAUAACAACGACAACAACGGCGGCGGUAGCAGUCUGAACCGGUAUCCAGGCCACCCGAUGCCGAUGCCCCACCCCUACAAGCCGCGCGCGUCGCCCUCGCCGUCCCCGCGCGCUGCCCUCCUCCGCUCAGACUACGACCCCGCCGCGCACGACAACAGCAGCCAGGAAGCCCUCGCCGAUGCGUCCUCGUCCUCGUCACUGCUCGCAAAGAGGUUGGGGUCGACGCGCGCCGCCGACAUGGCGCUGCCGACGCAGAGCAACCGGGAACGGGAGCGGGAGCGUCGCUGGCAACAGGUGCCCCAGCCCCAGCAACAGCAGCAGCAGCAGCAGACGGGAGAAGGGAGGAUGCAGAAGAGGACACAGGAUACAGAAUAUCUUGCGACGCCGGAGCUGCCGAGCACGCCGACGUGGGUACCGCGGUUGACGCCCACACGCCGAGGGGAGGACCUGGUGCUGAAUGUGGGUUGA